AUAUAUAUAUACACAUUCGCGCGCGUACACACAUACACACAUUUGGACCUUCUAGUAAUCAAUAUAAUUCGAUUCUCUUAGAACUUCAAAAAUAUACUAUCCGAUUUGUCAAUAAUUUAUUUAUUUAAAAUGUUAACCUCUAAAUAUAUGUAGUAUACUAAUAAAUGAUUUUAUUUUUUAUACUCAUUAGUAUAAUUAUGGAUCAAAACCGAUUUAUAUGGGAUGAAGUUUCUGAAGGUUUAAUAUUACCAAGAGUACAAAAAAUAGAUGAUGAACAAAUUAAAAAACGAACAAUACAAUCUGAAGUUAUAGAUCCAUCAGAAAUUUAUUGUCCCCAUAAUUAUUUAAUUUUAAAUUUUCAUGAAACGUUGAAUCCAAGUCAGAAAAUAAAAUUUAGAAAGUAUUAUUUACGAAAAGUAGCUCCUAAUGAACCAGACGUAAUCAUCUUACAGGAUAUAAAAGAUCUUGUUAUGUUUUUACUCAUUAGUCCUGUCAGCGUUAAAUUCAUAAAUUUCUUUCAUUUGCCUGUUGUUGAUCAUUUUUUAAGAGCACUUAUAAUAUAUUUUCAAUAUUAUAUAGAAAUAUGGGAAAAAUUAAUGGAAGAACGUGUAGCUACUCUAAAAAAGGCACCAAAUCCAUUAGCAGGUGGACAUAGAAUUAAAUAUGCUGAUGAAUUGCAUAUUUUACGAUGUAUGUUAAGUAAAGAAUAUGCAGAUUUAAUAGUAGGUUGCCAAGAUACAAUACGCUAUCACCAUAUAAUAAGUGGAAAAAAAAGAUCAAGUAUGACUCAAUCACAAGGAGAAAAAGAUCUAAGAAUAUUUGAAGUGCUAAUUCAUAUAUCUCAUCGUGUUGUAUGGAUAGCUUUACAUCGUAAACAUUUUCACUUAAUUGAGUCAGAAUUACAUAGACUACUCAGAACUGAAGCCUACAACAAAAAAAGUGGUUAUACCAUUAAAGAUAUGUUAGAAAGUGAUAUUUUUGUACUACAUGGUCCACAGAUACAAUCUAAAAGAAAAUUGCUUAAAUAUUCACCUUUAAUAGAGGAAUUAAUUUAUUCAGAGUGUAAUUUCCAAGUUUUAUCAUUAGGAAUGAUAGAUGUUGAUACAUGUGAUCCACGAAUUGCUUACUUACACAAUGCAUUACUUAUUGAAGAAGAGAUGUUGCCUAAACUUGGAAUUAAAAUUGGCAUACUUGGACAGGAAAGAUCCAAUUAUGAUUUAAUGUUAAUGUUACUUAAUUCAGAAAAUUCUAAUCAUGCUGAAAACAUUAGUAAAGCUGAAAAAAGUUAUGAUAAAAAGAACAAUAUAACUAAUAACCUGACACAAAACAAUCUGGACUGUAAUCAAAAUAUUAUGAGGAUGCCUUCUUUCGAACUUCAACCUGCAUUAACAGAAGUAUUUGAAGUAAAAAAAAUUGAUAAAUCGACUAGAAAAUAUUCUAAAUUUCGUGAAGAUGCUAGGAAAAAGUGGAUUAUUAGACAAAUAGAGAGUCAUAGUAAACAGUUGGAUACAUAUUCUAUUAUGACCAUUAUUUAAAAAUCAAGUCGAAUGAAAUCCAACUUAAAUGAUAUAGUAAAUAGAUACUUUAACAAAUAGGUAAACUUAUUUCCUGGUAUUACAAUAAAAAUGUAUCAUACAAUAGUAUAAUCCAAUUAUUUGUUAUUUUGGCUCUACUUGAUUAUCAACAUAAUAGUUGUAAUUAACUCAAAAUCUACAUUUCAUGGAAGAUUUAAAAUUCAUAAAAAUGUUUACACAAGGACUGACUAUUGUAACAAUCACAUUUUUAUCAAAAUCUAAUUGAAAAUAAUAUUAUACCGAAAGAUUUCAGGAUACAAAUAGAAAUUAAUUAGCAAUCAUUUUAAAAUUUGUGUUUGUGAUAAAUAAAAAUAUUACACUGGUUAAAUGUAAAAAAGAUUAUUUGUAAUACAAGCCAAAGAAAAUAUAUAAUUAAACAGAAUACUGAUAAAUGUUAUCUGGCUAUCAUGUAAAUCCAAUGAAUUUACAUAUAUCAUAUAUUUAAUCUUAAAAAAAAUGCUUAAUAUGUUACGCUAAUAGAGGAUAAGUGAAUGGGUCAGAUAAACUGAGUAUUUUAAGACAAUGUAAAAAAUAUGCUUAUUAUAAUUGAUAAUGUCUAGUCAAGAGUAAUAAUGUUGAUAUUUUACAAUGAGUCACAUAUAGAUACACUCGAAGCAAUGCAUUUUUUUUGAUUAAAUUUUGCAUUGUCCUUUUCCAUAAAUAAUUACUAUUUACCUAUUCACUAAGAUUCUACAAAUAACAGUAUGACAUUAAUUUAUUUCCAAUAUGGGUGCCCAAUUGCAAAUAUUUUUUUAGUUUCAUUUAUACGAGAUUGUUACUAAUAUUUUUUUUGCAAACCUAUUUUUGCAAGUGACUUUAAUAAUUCAUAUUUAACUAACGUACUCCAAAAAUGUGGAAUUUUAUGAAUUAUCAUUUUUAGAUAAGUGACACGCACAUUUAAAAGAGAAAACUAAGUACCUUUUAUUUCUAUAUAUUUGGCACUAAGAUUUUGAUAAUAAAAACUAGAUUUUUUUUUCUUUUUUUUUUUUUUUUUUUUUCAAGCAAAUUUAUAUAUCUGUUCUCUUGUACUUACAUUCAGUGCAAACUGUUUAAUGAUAACUAAUAACUGCAAUGCACAAUAACUUUAUAUGUUUAACUCUUAGAUCACACUCAAUUAUCGAUAUGCAUUAAAACUAUGAUAAUUUGUAAUCUAUCUUCACGAUGUGUCUACAAUCAAAUAUUAGACUGCACUUUGCAUAUUUCUAUAGAGUUAUGAUAUUUUAGCAAUAAAAUGGCAGUACAUAACUCUUAUAUAUCUUAAUAGCAAUCUAGUCUUACUGUCAGAAUCUGUGCCUCAACUGGGAAUUAAUGUGUACAUUAUAUAAAAAAAAAUUAAGACGAAAGAAUUUCUUUUCUUACUUGAAUGAUGAAAUAAUUCUAACGCGUGUCAUUUCCACAUUGAUUGCAAAUUACUUUGCACUUAUAUUAAUGAACGGUAUUAAAAAUGAAACUCUUUCAGAUCAUCUUCGGUUUUUUACUCAUUUCUUACAGCUACUUAUCACUGAAUAUUUGUCUACAUGAAUAUAUUACAAAAUGGAUAAAAUAACAUUAUUGAUCAUUAUGUGUAUGUAUUAUUAAUAUUCACGAUUACUUCAAUGAAUUAUUACAACAAACAACUAAUGGAAAAAAAAAGAAAAAAAGAAAAAAAAAAAAAGAAAUAGUAAUCGUUCAGAGAUAUAUAACAUGUAUAUUUUUAUAUGAAUUCAGUCAUAUCCCUGUAAAAUUUUAUUUUAUGCACAAGAUGUUUAAUGAGAUAUAAUUUAAAAAAAAAAAAAAAAAACGUUUCUGUUCAUAUAUUAACCAAGAGAUCACUUUUUGUAUAUACUAUAACAUCGCUUGAUCAUUUAUGAAAAGUUGCAAAAGAUCUGAGAUUUAUCAUUAAUAAUUUGUUAUUUUAUAACUGAAACUAUUAUAAAUUAAAAAUGCAAAUGAUUUAAAGAUUAAGAUCAUCAACAUAUAAUAAUUCAUGGUGUAAUUAGAAUAGAAAUGCAAAUACACUAACCCAAAAUUUCAUAAAAAGUUUUUUUUUCUUUUUCUUUUUUUUUUUUUUUUUUUUUUUAGAUAUUUUACAUAAAUAUCGUUUUUUAAUACUAUGAUGACAUUAUAUCUAGAUCUUUUUAAAUUUUAUAUGUGUGUGUCUGUCUGUCUGUCUGUCUGGCUAGUGGUGUGUGUGUGUGUGUGUGUGUGUGUGUGUGUGUGUGUGUGUGUGUGUGUGUGUGGAUGAGUGUGUGUGGAUGUGUACAUAUAUAUUAUAAGGAAUUCAUAAAAACAAAAAAAUGUUGAAAUUUUUCAAAUCAAUCAUAAUGCAUGAAUUAAUCAAAAUAAAAAUAUUGGCGACAUUUUUUCAAAUCAAUUAUAAUGCACUUAUUUGCAUUUAUUUGCUUAAUCUAUAUCAAAUAUGAAAUAAUUUUAUAUAUUGGACACACUUUGUCUUUUUUAAUCAUUUAGGAUAGUCGAAUAAAUCGAGAAAAUUUAGUUUUUGUAACUAUGAGAAGAUAAAAAUAA